ACAUAUAUUUCCGAGAGUGGAAGAAAUUAUUGCUUCUUUUGCUAUCCGUAUGGACUUAUCUAAGGCUUUUGACUGUCUCCCUCACAACCUCAUUCUGCUCAAACUAAAAUCUUAUGGUAUCUCUCCACCUGUCGUAGAUCUACUACAUAGCUACCUAUCUUGUAGGAAACAGUGUGUCAAAAUUGGCCAAAAUAUAAGUUCCUUUCUUGAUAUUUUCAAAGGGGUACCGCAGGGUUCUAUACUCGGACCAGUAAUGUUUAUAUUUUCAUCAAUGAUAUUUUUUAUUUUGUCAAAGACUCAGCUUUGUAGAACUAUGCGGAUGACAACACUCUAUCCCAUUUUGAUUUUGUUUUAGACAAUCUAAUAAAUACACUUCAAAGGGAGAGUGGCAUUCUCAUGGACUGGUUUUCAGCAAACAAAAUGCAGGCGAACCCAGAAAAAUUUCAAGCAAUCUCUCUCGGUAGAAAGACACAUGAUAAAAACAUAACUUUUAACUUAAAUGGUACAACUAUUGCCUGCGUGGAAGAAGUGAAGCUGCUUGGUGUCACUAUUGAUUUCAAUAUGAAUUUUAAUUCCCAUAUUUCAAAUAUUUGUAAGAAAGCAGCUCGUCAAUUAAAUGUAAUAAAGCGUAUAGGCAAACAUCUUUGUAGGUUGGGCAAACUCACUAUCUACCAUUCCGUUAUCAUGUCAAACUUUGGUUAUUGUCCUCUGGUAUGGCACUUUUGUAGUGAACAAAAUUGUAAAAAAAAAAAAAAAAAAAAAAAAAAAAAUAAAUUAAAAAUUCAAGAACGAGCCCUAAGAUUUAUUUAUGAAGACCAUACUAGUACAUAUAAUCAACUAUUAGAUAAAUCAAAUCUGUCCUCACUGAAAACCAGGGGUAUGAGAGCCAUGGCCCUUGAAGUUUUUAAAAUUAUAAAUAAACAAAGUUCAUUGUUCCUACAAGACUUGGUCCAGCUAAGAAACGCGAGGUAUAAUUUCAGAAACCAAAAGACAUUGGAACUUCCAAGACCAAGAACAACUAGAGGAAAGCACAAGAUGUUUACCUGUUGGAAUUUUUUCUUUCUUCUGGUUGGAAUUUCGAAUUUUGUUGAUGCGCAAAGACCAGAUAUUGUGGAUGAAAUUUUACCCGAGGUGAAACAAAAAAAUCAGAUUGGGUACUUGAACUGUACAGUAGUCAACAAGGGUUCUGAAUCAGUGGUACAAUGGACAAAGUCUGAGACUGUGAAUGGAGGAAAUCCAAUUUUGCUCAGUGAGGAUGAUAAAAUAGUAUAUCAAGGUAACGAUCAAGGCAUUAAUGAAGAUUCGGGGCUGAAAAAAUAUGAUAUACAGAGUCGAACAAAUGGACGUCGAAUUACAUACAUGUUGGUAAUUCGUUAUUUAGCAGAGGAGGAUGCUGGAGAUUAUCUGUGUACUAUCAAAAUUCAAGGUGUGGAGUGGCCCGAGUGGCCCAAAAAGAUUGGAAAACUCACAGUGCAGAUUGCUCCCCAAAUCCAGCCUAGCAUUAACUCGAUUUACGAACAGAACAUUGGAACUUCCCUUCAGCUGAACUGUGAGUCUCAUGGCAAUCCAUACCCAAACAUUACAUGGAAGAGGGAGGAUGGACAGGAACUACCAUUGGGAGGAUUCCAGUCAAGGGGGGCACAGCUGAACUUAACAGACAUCCAAAGAAAUGAUCGUGGUAACUACAUCUGUGUGGCUGACAAUAAUGUCAAACCUCCAGACAACUUCAAAGUGGAACUCAUCGUCUUUUUUGCACCGUCAUGUAGGCCUGUACAGUCUUCAGUGGGCCAGGCACAAAACAGAAGGUUUAAUGCCAAGCUAGAGUGUAUUGUUGCAGGAUAUCCCCAGCCAAGUAUGGUUUGGAUGAAGGAAGGUGAGAAUGGAAAACGCAUUGAUAUUCAGGACGAUGAUAAAUAUGACAUCACCAAACAGUUUAGCAGUCAGCUUCAGAAUGACGAGUUCUGGUAUACACUUCUUGUGAAGAAUGUUCAGGCUAAAGACUACACUAAAUACUUUUGCGUUGGAAAUAACAGAUAUGGGAGUGGAGAAACGAAUAUCGUUUUGUUUGAAACAAUGGAGUGUCAAGGGUCCAAUUGUCCCAGUGCUGGGGGCUCAGGGACAUCAGGACUUGAGGCCUCCUUGUCCUCCAUUCUCCUCCUGGGACUGCUUUCUCUUUUCCUGAUCUGAAAGUUGUAACUGCAAAACAGCAUGUAGAAGUGAAGUAGUGAACCAUUGAAGGGGAAGCACUCCGUCAUGAUACACUUGAAAGUCAAUACUAUGCUUCUGUAUGUAUAAAGUUAAAACUUGAUUUAUUCAUAUUUUUAGAAAUAGUGUGAUGAGAAUUUCUGUUUUAUCAAAAUUUAAUGACUAGUCUUUGAUUUAAAGGCGCUUAAUGGUGAUAACUAUAUAUCAACUACUCCCUGUAUUUACAAUUUAUUUUGGGAAGUGAAGCUUUAAUCAAAUGUUAUUAGUAUGUAAAUAGACAUCUAUGCCAUGUAUGUGUCAAUUAAGUGCCAUUGAAGGGAUAGCUAUAUUUGUAUAUUUACCUGUAGUAAAUUAAUGUAGAUUUGAAUUCACUGAUGACAAUUUGUAUAGUACAAAAAUAUACUUGGAGGAAAGGACAGCCCCCUGAGUUUCUGUGAGUGUGUACACAUUUCUUGAGAUAUGUGUGAAUUUAUAUAAAUGAUCAUAAAUUAUACUUAUCUCGGCGUUUGGACUAGUUAUAUAAAUGAUUGUGAAUCAGACUCAUUCCAGAGUUUAUUAAUACAAGUGAGGGUAUUUAUGUAAUGUGAUAUGCUCUUGGUUUUUUCACCAAAGAUUUCAUGGAUUCUUUAAUGUAUAUAUAAGUUAUAUUUAUUUGUAAUUAAAAACUCUGUACAGACUAGUACUUUUAAAAGCGACAUCUCUUAGGAAAUAAUUAAUAGCCGCCAUCAGCUGCAAACUAGCUCAGACAUUUUGAAUUCCGUGUAUUGAAGCAUAACAAAUUGAUAAUAAUGCAAACCUUUCUGCUAUAAAGGAAUGCCAGACUCACAGGGAGUGAAUAAUAAUGGCUAAUUCUGUCAUGUUCAUGGUGAUAUAUUGGUUGACAAGUAUGAUUAUGAGAAAUCCCUUCAGUGUAUCUUUAGUAUGUCUGAAGUAACACAUGCAAUUAUGAGUAUUAUUCAUAGGUGCCUCACAUUAAAAUAUCUUGAACAGAUGUUUGUUUUAAUUAAAGUGUUAAUUUUAUGAAAUUUUACACUGGUAUUUUAAUGUGGAGUACAAAUGUACCUUGUUGGUAGAUUUCCUCUAGUUAUUUCCUAGUCAUGUGAUAACCAAAUUGUAAGGGAUGCCACGAAAAUAUAGUGAAAAGAUGUUGUUUUUUGGAAGUGAUAAAAUUCAAAUAUUUGGUAUCAUUGUGACUACCCUUUAUAUUUGUAUGUCUGUACGGUUAUGAGUGGAUGAAACAUUAUUUUAUCCUUGAAAUUUAUAUCAAUCAUCUUGAAUGUGUUGUUUAUUACUCAUUGGAAAAGGCCAAUUUGUAAAUAUGAUAAAAUUGAUAGAUUUCAUACAUGUAUCUACAAAUGUAUAGAUUUUUAAAUUUUUUACUAAUUGUUCUUAAGCUUUUACAGAUGAUCUGUGUCAGAUGGAAUGAAAGUUUAGCAUAUACUUGUAAACAUACUUGUACAUAUUAAUUAGCAUCAUUCGAAAUUUCAAUCAUGAUAUGAAUGCCUGGAGUGGCCAUCCUUGUGAUGGUUGUAAUGAAUGAAUUCAGCUGUAAAUCUUAUGCAUGUAUUUUCAGACUGAAAUAAAGGCUCAUUUCUGUAAUCUGAAGUUUUCAGAUUGAAAUACAUGUAUUAGCUUUUGGUGCACACAAACAAACCAGAAAAGUAUUCACUUGUUGAAUUAAUUCAUGAAAUUGUAAACAGGAUUUGGACUGACAUUGUCAGAAACAAAUAUCAAAAGACAGAUAUCAUACUAGUAUUGUAUCCUUUAUACAAUGAUUAUUUUAAUCUAAAAUUAUUUCUUUUUAAAUAAUCAGGUUUUGUUGCAUAUUCGGUCAUUUGGAUGAGACUGGUACUCUAAUUUCUGCUCUGAAUGUUUUUAAGGUAGUACUCUACAUCGUCAUAAUGGCUGACUUCCUUUAAAAACAUGGAUGAAAAAAUCGAUAUCAGCAAUAUUGGACUUUUCCUUUUCCAUUUAAACACCUAGCCGAGUAGCUCAGUAGGUUAGAAUACCGACUGAUGAACUGUAGGUCGCAGGUUCGAGUCCAGCAGGGGUUUUAAAUUUUUUUCAGAUUACCUUCUACUAAAACUGUAUUUUUUGACAAAAUAAAGUAAAUUUGAAAAUUAUCAACUUCAAAAUAUUGUUGUACAUAUUCUCCACUUUUCAUCUACAUCAAAUUUCUCUGGUGUAGCGUACCUCCUUAAUGUGAUUUAUACAUAUACAUAUAUACAUUAUAUGAGCAAUUUUAUCCUAUGUUUGUAUUUCUUACCCAUGAUUUUGGUAUAUUAUGUAUGCAAUAAACUUGAACAUUAAUAACAAUCA